AGGCCCGAGGUGGACAUGAAUCCUGGGGGACACCGUCUGACCCCCGGCAGCAACGUGCGCAUCGACCCCAGUAGCCUGACCUUCAACAUGUGGAAGGAAAUCCCCGUCCCCUUCUACCUCUCCGUCUACUUCUUCGACGUCGUCAACCCCAGCGAGGUCCUGCAGGGCCAGAAGCCGCAGGUGCGGGAGCGCGGCCCCUACGUGUACAGGGAGUACCGGCACAAGGACAACAUCACCUUCAAUGACAACGACACGGUCUCCUUCCUCGAGUACCGCAGGUUCGAGUUCCAGCCCCACAAGUCCAACGGCUUGGAGAGCGACUACAUCAACAUACCCAACAUCAUGGUGCUGAGCGCGGCCAUGAUGAUGGAGACGAAGCCCAUGGCCCUGAAGAUACUGAUGACCAUGGCCUUCAGCAGCCUGCGCCAGCGCGCCUUCAUGAACCGCACGGUGGGCGAGGUCAUGUGGGGCUACGACGACCCCCUGGUCAGCCUGGUCAACAAGUACCUGCCGGGCAUGUUCCCCAUGAAGGGCAAGUUCGGGCUGUUCGCGGAGCUCAACAACUCCAACUCCGGGCUCUUCACCGUGUACACGGGGAUCAAAAACUUCAGCCGCGUCCACCUCGUGGACAAGUGGAACGGGCUCAGCAAGGUGAGCGCCGGGGCCGCGAGGCCGCCCAGCACGCCCCUGCUUAUAGCCCAGGCAGAUGGGAAGUGCGUGCGUCCCUCCUCCCUGGCCCCUAGGAAGGGGGUCACCCCACCCGUCUGUCCCCCCAGGUCCAUGAAGCUGAUCUACGAGGAGGCCAGGGUGUUCCAGGGCAUCCCCACCUUCAGGUUCAAGGCCCCCAGCACCUUAUUUGCCAACGGGUCCGUCUACCCGCCCAACGAGGGCUUCUGUCCGUGCCUGGAGUCCGGCAUCCAGAAUGUCAGCACCUGCAGGUUCAACGCGCCCCUGUUCCUCUCCCACCCGCACUUCUACAACGCCGACCCCGCCCUGGCCGAGGCCGUGCUGGGCCUGCACCCCAGCGAGAAGGAGCACUCCCUCUUCCUGGACAUCCACCCGGUCACGGGGAUCCCCAUGAACUGCUCGGUGAAGCUGCAGCUCAGCUUGUAUAUCAAGGCCGUGCAAGGCAUCGGGCAAACCAGGAAGAUCGCGCCCGUGGUCCUGCCGCUGGUGUGGUUUGAGGAGAGGGGGGCCAUGGAGGGCGAGCCCCUGCAGAAGUUCUACCUGCAGCUGGUGCUGCUGCCCAAGGUGCUGCAGUACGCCCAGUACGUGCUCCUGGCCCUGGGCGGCCUCCUGCUGCUCGUCCCCGUCAUCUACCAGAUCCGGAGCCAAGUUCCCCGAGAUACCAAAAGCCAGCCCAGCCCUGCUGCUCAGCCAGCCAGGCUCCCCAGCCCCAGCACCCCGCUUCUUCAGGACGCUCUCAGCGGACAGCCUGCUGGCCCCAGCGUCUGACUGCACACGUGUGAUCACACACUGCACACCCCCACACCUGUCCAUGUGCACAGGUGUGUCAGACACGCUCAGGGAUGGGAUGCUACCGGGGGGACUCGGGGAGCGGCACACCAGCGGGGACUGUUCUGGAACCUUCUCCCCAAGGCAGUCAUGGGCCCGUGGGUGAGUCGGUCAGCCACGGGACCACUGGGCCCCAGCGCCUUGUCCAUCAGCCAGCAA